GUUGGAACUUGAAACCUCUCCUAAAAGCAAAGCAUUGAGGGGAGAGGAAAGUCUUUCUGGCACUUUCAUGAGGUUCGGUGUGUUUUGUCAUUGGCCAUGAUCAUCCUAUGGGUUUUUGUUAGAUAAUAAACAUGCAAGGAUUGACAAGAUCACCUGACAAAUUAAAUAUUUAAAGUUAAUUUCUUAGUCAUAUCCUAAGUAGUCAAGUGCUUCCUGAUACAUAAUAAACAUGUUAGGAAGGAUCAGCAAGAUAACCUUGACCAAUCAAAUUAACAAUAAGUAAAUGCGACCUCGUAAGUAAUACACUUUCCUAUGCAUCAAACAAGAGGAAUGUUUGAUUUGCAUGCAUGCAGAUGCCAAGCCCCUUUAGAGCUUGUGCUGAUGCUCAGCUAGUAUAAUACCUCUUAAGCAAGUUGGAGGGUAUAAAGAAACAACAUGAAAGGAUUAAAACAUGUCCCAGGAGAUAGAAGAGUUUAUGAUAGAUUAAUUAAUCCAACCUCCCCAUAAUCUUGUCUGAUCAAGUAAAAAUGGAAACCAUUCUAUACUUUUUCUUAAUUAGGAUAAUAUAAAUAUUGUACUUUGUGUAUAUGUUACCAUGGAUAACAUAGAAUAACAACUAUUUUCCACAUAUUUGUUUGCUUUUGGGAUCUAAUUGUUGUCAUGUUGACAUAGCUAGUGACACUUCAUCCCAUUUGUUGGCACCUCUCUCCCCAGUGCUUGCACUGGAAUAAAGGUUUUAAGUUUGAUCAUAUAGGAGGUAGAUCUCCCAGCAUAAUUCUUAGAAAAGGAAAAUUAAUACAUAUAUGAUCAGGUGUUGCUGGUGCAUGUGCUAAAUUAAAACAUCCUAAAAUGCAACAAUAUUUUAAUUUGAUAAUUAAUAGUAUUGUAUAUCUAGAACAAGGGGAAUUCGAGCAUGUGUAUGUUAUAUGCAUGCAUGUUGCUAGAGCAAUAUUCCGCAUGUAGUCUUGUACUGAAUGAUAUCUGUGAUCUAAUAGCUGCUUUAAUUAUGUAGUGCUUCACAUACACACGGUCAUAGUCUCAUUGGAGAUGUGUAGAGGCAAUGAAGUUCCACAAAAAUUGCUGAAUUUGGAAAGAAAAUCCUUUAGAUGUUUGUUCUUCCCCCUAAAUUCAUGAAUAAAAAAAAAUUCUAGGAAUAAAUACAAUUUUAAACAUCACUUUGUGCUUCAAAAAAUGCCAAUUUUGAUUGGACAAGUCCACUUAUGUGUAAAAUGCAUGUACAAUGUGUAUCUAGUGGAGUACAAUUUUAUUGUAUGAGCAAGAUCAGCUUAGACUAAUAGUACAUUAUGACAAAAAUAGUCUUUUUACGGGCAAUUAAAAGUACCGCUAAAGAAAAUACACUAAUGAUUAUGGUGGCUGUCAUAUCAUUGCCACCGUCACCAAUUAUUGCCAAUAGCAUUAUUGGUUUUAUGUUGAAAUGUUAUAGCUAAUAAAAUUGGAUAAUUAUCUAUACGCAUGGCAUACAUUAGGGAUAUAUGAAAACAACAUUCCCUCUGCUCAAAACAUUGAAACCCAGAAGCAUAAAUGAUCAAUAAUAUGGAGUUAGUUGCAUGUGAUCCAGAUAGAAUGUUGUGAAGCUCGGUUGCAUAUGAAGCAGAUAUACCAUCAAAAAAUAGUAUUAGACAAGCAUCAGUGGAUUGUGAUCAACUGGAUGUGUUUGCUAUAAUAAGCAAAUGAUAGAUCUCCUGCUGGAAAUAUGCAAUGAUAAAUGGAACCGACAAAUACAUAGCUGUAGUUCAUUUAUCUAGGGUUAGCAGGAUUGCACUAGAAGCACUAUGUUGGGUCCCUACUAACAAUAGUUCAAUAAAAUAGAGGAUAUUAAAAGUAGCAAAUAUAAUUUUUGAUAAUAAAAUAUACUCCAUACAUGCUAUCCAGCGCCAAUUGAAUUCAUCUUAUUGGGACCCACUUGUGCUACGACGUACCGAGCGCCAAAUUGGAUGGUCACAUGUUCUGGUCGUAAAAAUGAGUCCCGGGAACUGUCUAUGCGGUCCAAAACAAUACGCAGCGCAAUUCCUUCCAAAAGGCACUGCCACCCCAAUUCCUACUUCAAUAAAUGGUACGUGUCCCCUCACCUGCUUCCCCCUCCUCCUCUCCCUUGUUCGCAUUUGAGACCCAGGAGAUACCCCCCUUUCUCUUUCGCCAUUCUAAGGGAGAAUCCACCACCCCCAUCAAUCUCCUCUCCUCCAUCCCAUUAAUCUACUGCAUUCCAUGCCACCGCACUUGGCCAUCAGGCCGCUCGAAACCAACCCAUAUAACGGCAGGAUGACACCCUUCCUGGUCCUUACUUGCAUGGUGGCCUCAUUGGGAGGUGUGAUAUUCGGCUAUGACAUUGGAAUCUCAGGUACCAACCUCUACCUGCACCGGUUCUCUGAAGUAAAAUUUUUCCUACCGAUCGAUUUACGGAAAAGAGCUGCUAAGUUAGCGAAAUUUUUUGACGACCCAGCAGGUGUAAUGGCCACGAAGGAGGCAAGUCUUAAGGACAUGUUUCCAUGGCUGCAUAUGAGGAUGGAAAAGAGCAGCAGCAGUUACUGCCGGUCGAGCAGCCAGUGGAUGAGUGGUUACACGGCGUCGCUGUACGUGGCGGGGGCGAUGGGGGCACUGGUGGCUGCGUGGGUCACGCGGGAAUUCGGCCGCCGGCCCACCAUGGUCGCCGGCGGUGCCGCUUCCUUGGCCGGGUCGAUCCUGGCCGCGGCCGGGCCCACCGUGUGGACGCUUCUCCUCGGCCGUGUCCUUUUGGGCUUCGGCGUAGGCUUCGCCAACCAGGCAAUUCCACUGUACUUAUCAGAGAUGGCCCCGCCGGCCAGCCGAGGAGCAAUCAACAAUGUCUUUCAGCUUAGUUAUGACAUUGGUUUAUUCCUGGCUGAUCUCAUUAUCUUCAGUGUUCAAAGAUCAAGAGAUAGCUGGGGAUGGCGUAUCUCUCUCGGUAUGGCUGCAGCUCCAUCGUUUUCUCUCACGCUCGGUGCUCUCUUCAUCCCUGAGACAGCAAACAGCAUCAUCCAAAGGGACAUCGACUUCCACAGGGCAGUGAAGACGCUCCAGACGAUACGAGGCACCACCGAUAUCCUCGCAGAAUUAAAUGAUAUAAUGACUGCUGGUGAUGCUCAGGUGACCACUAACCAAUCCUUCUAUAGGAUUACUCGAUGCAAGUAUCGGCCUCAACUCAUCAUGGCGAUCACAAUCCCAUUCUUCCAACAAGUAAUAGGAUUCAACUUGGUAGCUUUCUACAUCCCUAUCUUGAUUCAAAACAUCGGUUUUGGCAAGAAUUCAUUCCUUAUGUCAGCACUUGUGAUAGGACUCACAGGCACCACCUCUACCAUGGUGUUAAUGACCAUCGUCGAUAGAAUUGGUCGACGUGCUAUGUUUACGAUCGGAGGCAUACAGAUGCUCGUCUCACUGGUAGCCGUUGGUAGAGUGAUGAUGACCCAACUCAGCGAGGACAAUGAGAUUAGUAGAGGCUAUGCAUACUUGGCCUUGUUUUUGGUUUGUGUUUAUCUUAUGGGCUUUGGAUGGUCUUGGGGACCUCUAGGAUGGUUGGUCCCGAGUGAGAUUUUCCCACUAGAGAUCAGAUCGGCAGGGCAAAGCAUCGUGGUGGCAGUGUGGUUUCUGUCUGCAUUUGUUGUAGCCGAGACCUUUCCAACUUUGAUUUGCCAACUUAAGGCUACCAGCUUCUUCAUCUUUGGGGGAUGGGUUACUAUGGUGAUUAUAUUCAUUCAUUUAUUUUUGCCGGAGACCAGAGGAAUAGCAAUGGAACGGAUGGAUCAGGUGUGGAAGAAACAUUGGUUAUGGAAGAAAACUAUAGCAGUUGAAGAAACGCAGGAUGACUGUUUUGAUGAUGUUACAUAAUUGUGUAAUAUAGCAUCUAGAGUAUAACAAUGAUGAUAUCCUCUCAUCAACCAAAAACGGAGAGAACUAAUUUUUAUAAUUAGAUUAUUUAUAUGUAGUCUCUAGCUUCCUUCGUGGUGUAUCUCUUAAUUUCUUUUAGUGGUUUAAAAUAUUUAUUUUACAUAUUUUAUUUACAUACACACGUUAUCUAAAAGUUGAUGUUGAUAGAUUUCGUCGUCAAAAAAAGAGAAAGUUGUGUUGUUGUUCCCGAUAAUAUUUUA